AUGAUGGAAGAGUAAAGCUAAUAAGAGGAUAUAUACUAGUAUUUUUAAGAGGGGGACAUCCAAGUAAGAGAUGACUCAAACAGUGAGGAUGAAGAGGAAUCUGAAGAAGAGGCCGCAAACGCUAAUGCCAUGAAUGAUGAUAUUGAAUAGUUCAUGCCUGCCAGUUCAGAUGGUGUUCUCAUAUAAAGCAAUUUCGGUGAAGGAGAUCAGCUAAUAGCCAAAUAAGCUAGUAUUCAAAGUCAAAUUAACAAUUCAAUUAAGGUGAGCAAUGAUGGACAUAUGACUGAAGAGGAGAUAACAUUCUACAAUGAGUGUUUGGUUUACACGUAUUUCAAGCUAAAGGAGUAUCAAAAUGCAAAGAUCUUGUCUGAGGAGAUCAUAUCAAAACUAUAAAAGUCAAUAAUGUUUGCAGUCAAUGAUAGUGAUGAGGAUAUACCAUUUCCAUUGAGAUAUUUGAAUGCUUGCAGUUCUUAUGAAAUGAGAAACACCAAAGAUGCUCUUAAGAUUCUCUAUUAAUUACUAGCUGACACUGAUAAGACUCUUAAAAAAUAAUCAGCUUCAUACUCAUUAUUCGAUCCAUUUGGAAUGAGUAUCGAUAAUUCUAAUAACUAGGCUAAUACAAAUCAAGUUGAUUUCAGUACUUCAAAUGUGCUAGACAUGGAAGAUGAUGACUUUGGAGUAUUCGAUAAAGUCCCUCAGUAAAAAACAAUUUAAGCAACUGGCAAGAACAUUGACUUUAAUGUAGGAGGUGGUGCUAAUACUGGCGACAAUGAAACUAAAGAGAGAGCACUUAAAUUAUUGAGAAAAGAGUAAAAUGAGCUAUUCGGAUUGUUCCCACCUAAGGACAAGUAUGAGGCAAAAUACAUAAUGCUUAUAUAUGAAAUAACCAGAAUUCAUCAAAGAUAGUAGGAUUAUAGAAAUGCCUACAUAGUAAUUUAAAAGCUAGUCAAAGUAAAAUCAAAGUAAUUAAAACUCAUUCUAUAGAAAUAUCCACUAAAUCCUUAUAUUCUGUCAAGAAUGGGGAGACUAUGUUUGGAAAUAGGAAGAAAAACAGAGGCGAAUGACUACUUCAACUAGGUAGCUAAAAUGAUGAGAGAUAGUGCUUCCCCCGGAGCAAAGAAAGCAGUUCAGAAAGAUAUUGUCACAUAAACCACAGAAUAUAAUAGCUUUGAAUAACAGUGCAACUUGUCAAAUGACUAUUGUGGUAAAUCAGCCAAAGAUAAUGUAAAUGCAGCAGUAUACGUGCAACAGAAGAGUCAGCCUUCAUUAUCUGUCUCCUAAUCUCAAAACUUAUCAGCUUCUACUCUUUCCCAAAGCCAAACAGCUAAAAGAUGA